AUGUCGGAUCCCUAUGCGUUGAACGACGAUGGGACUGCCAAGGACCCCGCAGCUUUUCGUGCAGCUCUGAAGGCCGACCCCGCGAAACUAGAGGCCAUUGAGAAGGAGCCGGAGGUUGCCGAGGUCGUGCUCGGCAACGACGAUCAUGCCUUCCAGGAACUUAUCAAGUCGGUCUACCAUACGGAGAAGAAGCGUCAGGAGCGUCUGAACCGUACGAUGGCGGAGCGGACCAUCGAUGCCCAGAGGGCGAGUGCCACGGUGCCCCGCGACACUGUCCAGCUCUACGCCCAGCUGCGGGAGAGCGGGCUGCAGUACGGACCUGCCUUCCGGCUCCUGCGCAACGUGCAUGUGCCCGACAUUGCUGCCUGA